UGAAUAUCAAUUCAAGCUAGAAAAAAAAACCAAGAACAAGGAUAGGAUGUCUAAAUCAUAGAUAAGGAGCAAUCACAUCAAAACGGCAAAAACCAAACUUUAACCCCCAUUGUGCGUUACACUAGAAUGCUUUCUUUCUAUGCAAAGACAAACUCCAUUCUUUUCAUCACCUCCCUCUCUUUUCUCUCUCCUCACAACCCCCUCAUCCUUUUGUACUCUUUCACUCUGUUAAACUUCUCCACUACUCCCCAUUUUACACCUCCCACCUCUCUCUUUCCCUUUCUCUCUGCCAUUUCCCAUCUUCUUCUUCUCCAUUUUUCACCCUCUAAUCUUUCCUUGUAAAAAUUAAAUCUCCCAAUUAUUAUUAUCUCAUUUUCACCUAAUUAACAAUCCAAAAAAACCCCUAUAAAAAACCCCUAAAUAAAUAUCUUUUCAAUCAAUCAAUAUUAGAAAUGGACAUAGAAAGACCUCAUAGAACAACUAGCACUCCAACUACAACAAGUGAGCUCUUCAUUUGCUUCACUUCUCGCCUCUCUAAAUCCUCUUCUAUGCGCCUUUCUUCCAAAUCUAUCCUUAGCCCUGGUCGUGCUGCUACCUCCGUUGAUAAAUCUUCGAAUUCUCUUUCAUUGUCAUCCUCCCUCAGCCGCCGUCUCCGACACAACGGUAGUUUACGAGGUGGAGCUCAAUCACCCGCCAUGUUUCCUUCGACAUCAAAGAAGAACAAGGGCUCUUCGGGUUUCGCCGAUAACCCGGAACCCUCUUCGCCUAAAGUCACCUGUAUCGGGCAGGUUAGAGUGAAGACGAAGAAGCAGGGGAAGAAGAUGAAGAUGAGGGCUUGCCGUAGCAAGCGAUUGAGCGGUGGAGGGACAAAUGGGAGCAGUGGCGAAGCUAGCUUUCGACGAAUCGAACAUUCACAUUCACAUUCCAUUGAUGGUGUGCAGACACAACAGGGUCAGCAGGAAUGUGGGUUGAAUCAUAGGAAUCAGAGAUGGGUUCAUCUUCCGUUAACGAUUUGUGAAGCUUUGAGAGCUUUUGGGUCGGAGUUUAGCUGCUUGUUUCCUUGCAAAUCUUCUUGUUUUAGUAGUGGGGGUUUUUGUGGUGGGGGUGAGAAGGGCAAAACAGGGGAGGAGAGAGAAAAUCCAAAUCCAAAUUCUUGCGCUGUUUUCCGGUGGUUGGUUUCGUUGCAAGACGGUGAAGGUGGGGAAAAGCGGAGAGAUAUUGAGUUAGUGGUGGGUGGGGAGGAGGAGGUGAGGGAUAAUAGUAGGGUGGUGAUGAUGGAGAGGGAAUGUUCUAGAAGACGGUCGAUUUUUGAUGAUAUGGAAUUUGAUGAUUUGUUUCCUAAGGACGAUAAUAAUAAUAAUGUGAGGAAUGAUAAUAAUGAAAGUAAUGAGAUUAAUGGUAAUGAUAGUAGUAAUGGAGAUGAUGAAGAAGGUGGGAGAGUUAGUGUUUGUGUUCCUCCGAAGAAUGCUUUGUUGUUGAUGAGGUGUAGAUCUGAUCCUUUGAAAAUGGCUUCGCUUUCGCGGAAGUUGUGGGAGGUUCCUCUUCCUCUUCAGGACGAUGGCGAUGAUGAUGGUGAGGCGAAACAUAAAGGAGAUUAUAUUGAAGCUGAAAGAGAUGUUGGAUUAGCGGAGAAAACAGAGGAAAUUGAAGACGAUAAAACAGAGGAAAUUGGAAAUGAGAAAAUAGAGGAAUUUAGAGAAGAAAAUGCUGAGGUAAUUGGGGAGGAGACGGAAGUAUUGGGGAAAGGCAGUGAGGAAAUUGAUGGAGUUUUGGAAAAAUUGGAUGAAAUGUUGGGUUUUGCCGGCGAAGAAUUGAAGGAAGCUGAGGAAGAAGAGCAAGAAACAGAGGAAAAACAGAGUGUGGAAAACAGAGGAAUGGUAGAUGAGGAGGAAUUUGAGGAUUCGGAAGAUACCCAGUUGAUUGAAGAUGAAAUUACUGCAAAUGGGGGUUUAAUUGAGACGAUUUUAGUUGAAGAGUUUGAAGAUGUUGAAAAUGAGCAAGAUUUGGUAAUAAGCUCAGCGGAAAAUGAGCAGGAUUUGGUAGUUAAUUUAGAGGAAAAUGAGCGAAAUUUACUUGUUAAUUCUGAGAAUAAUGAGCAAGAAUUAAAUAAUUCUGAGAAUAAUGAGCAAGAAUUGAAGGUGGAGAAAGAAGAAAUAGCAGAAUUAGAAUUAGAUAGCGACGAUAUCUCUACAAUUCAAGAUGAAGAAGAGAGACAAAAAUGUGAAAGCAGUGAGAUUUUAACAUCAUUUUCUUGUUCUUUGAAUUCAUCAGAAGAGUCAACAGCAGAGUCAAAAGACAGAGAAGAUGAACAAGAACAAGAACAAGAAAAAGACCCAGUUGAAAUUGAUGUUGAAGAACAAGAACAAGAACAAGAAUUAGUAGCAAGGAAGUCAAUAGAAGGAGGAAAUAAGAAGACUUUGCCAGAUUGUUUGCUAUUAAUGAUGUGUGAACCUAAAGUAUCAAUGGAAGUCUCUAAAGAAACAUGGGUAUGUAGCACCGACUUCCUUCGGUGGCUACCAGAGCGCCACCAUAAGAAGGUGGUCAAUAAACCCGACAACUUGUCUGAUUCGUCGAUUCCAAAGAAAAACAAACCCGCGGCGGUGGCAGCAAUGCCUCCGCCUCAUGUUCAGCAACGCUACGAACAAGCGGCUCAGCCGCCUAUUCAGCCAGGAAGAUCAUCUAUUUCUUUCCCAGCCGGGGGCGGCUCGGUGGCUAACUUGAUCGAGCAGAAGCUUACCAAAGGCGGUAGUGGGUACGAGCCGUUUGUGUUAACAAGGUGUAAAUCGGCGCCGUUGAGAUCAGCGGCUAAGACGCUACCACCGGAGAUGGCUUGCAGUUUGUGGGGAAGAGAAAAUGGGCGGAAGCUUGAGCCGCAUCGUCCGGCUACGUUCGGCGUCGGUGCGGCUGGAGUCGGCUUCUGAUGAAAAUCAAACGGCUGAGAUUGUGAGUCGCUGCCACGUGGCAAUUGGUCUUUGUCCGUUGUGGGCCCUUUGGCAGAAAAUUGUUGGCAUGGCAGGUUUUUGUUUGUAAAUUAAUUAAAUAAUUUUUGGGAUUUUCUAGGCUAGAAUUUUCUAUUAGUGGUUUUAAUGGGUAAUUAGGUUUUACUAGUACUAGUUGAUUAAUUAUAGAAUUGGAGUAUUAUUAUAAUGCAGUAAAAAUAUUUGGGAAUGUUUAAUUACCUUCAUUUUAUGUGCCAUUUUGAUAUUUGGACCUUUUUAUGUGGUAGAGAGUUGAAAAAGCUGAGUGUGUAGGGUAUAAUCACACGUGGUAUUGGUUAGAAUUUACUGACAAUUUGGUAGA